UUGCGAGCUAUAAAACUAAAUUAAUUUAUUGAAAUAAAACCAUUUGUCAUUUUAAUUUUAGGUUACUUAUCUGUCAUUAAUUCCAAACCACAUGUAUCGAAUGAGUAUUUCGUAAAUUAUUAAAUAAAUAACAUUGUAGAUAUUAAAAAUGGAAAGUACAGAUGCAGAAUCUCUUUUUGGAUUUCGAGCACUACGCUUACAAUUUUCCAAUGAUAGUACAGAUGCACAUUAUUUAUAUAUAAAAGAGCAUUCUGUAAGAGGACAUACAGAAGACAAACCUAAAGGAAGAACAUUAUUCAUAUUAAAUGUACCUCCUUAUGCUACAGAAGAAAGUGUAAAACAUGUAUUCAAUCAAGUAGGAGAAGUUUCAAAUGUUAUCUUUUCACAAAAACCUUCAUGCGGUGUGAACAAUUCAAAUCCAAAUGAAUCAAGUCUUUUUCAACCUUCACUGCAUACUGUUGGUUUUAAAGUAGCUUAUAUUGUGUUUAAAAGUGUUAUGGCUUUGCAGAAAUGCCUGACAAUGAAGCAAUUGAUACCAUUAUCGACCAAAGAUUUUCAAGUAAAUACUGGCAUACGACGAUGGAUCAAAGAAUAUAAUGAUUCUAUUAUUGAUGAAACAUUAAUGCAAGCAGAAAUUGAUAAUUUUAUGAAAAUUUAUGAUGAAGAAGAAAGUAGAAAAAUGCAACAUGAGAAAUCAUUGCAAGAAGCGGAUGAUGAAGGAUGGAUAACUGUUACAAAACAUGGCAGAAAACCUGGUUUUGCCAGAAAGGAAAGUGUAGAAAAUAAAAUUAAACAAAAAGAUAAGGCUGGAAAGAAAAGAAAAGAAUUAUUAAACUUCUACACUUUUCAAAUUCGAGAAUCUAAAAUGAAACAUUUAGUUAGUCUGCGGCAAAAGUUUGAAGAAGAUAAAAAACGUAUCACUCUGCUCAAACAAUCACGUAAAUUUAAACCAUUUUAACAUUAAUAAAACCUUUAUUUACUGUAAAAA